AGGCGGGGCGCCGCGGCGGCGGCGGCGGCGGCGGAGGCAGCGGGACCGGAAGGGUCGAAGCGCCCCGGCGCCCCUCACACCCACUGCGGCGGCGGCGCGGGGCGGCGCGGAGCGGGGCGGGGCGUCCGGCGGAGCCCGGGGCAGCGGAGCCGCGAGCGGCCGACGCGCAUCGCCGCUAGUCCGCCCGCCCGCCCUCUCCCCCUGGCGCGGCGGCGGGGAGGCGAGGAAUCUGAGGAUUGUAACCAGCUCUCUGGAGUAUUGUAUGACACUACAUCAUGAGUGACAGUAAAUGUGAUAGUCAGUUUUACUGUGUGCAAGUGGCAGACUCAACUUUCACUGUCUUAAAACGUUACCAACAGUUGAAACCAAUUGGCUCUGGGGCCCAAGGAAUUGUUUGUGCUGCUUUUGAUACAGUACUUGGGAUAAAUGUUGCUGUCAAGAAACUAAGCCGACCAUUUCAGAACCAAACUCAUGCAAAGAGAGCUUAUCGUGAACUUGUCCUCUUAAAAUGUGUCAAUCAUAAAAAUAUAAUUAGUUUGUUAAAUGUGUUUACACCACAAAAAACUCUAGAAGAAUUUCAAGAUGUGUAUUUGGUUAUGGAGUUAAUGGAUGCUAACUUAUGUCAGGUUAUCCAUAUGGAGUUGGACCAUGAAAGAAUGUCCUACCUUCUUUACCAGAUGCUUUGUGGUAUUAAACAUUUGCAUUCAGCUGGCAUAAUUCAUAGAGAUUUGAAACCUAGCAACAUUGUAGUCAAAUCAGACUGCACCCUUAAGAUCCUUGACUUUGGUCUGGCCCGGACAGCAUGCACCAACUUCAUGAUGACUCCCUAUGUGGUAACACGGUAUUACCGGGCCCCUGAAGUUAUCUUGGGUAUGGGCUACAAAGAGAAUGUUGAUAUCUGGUCAGUGGGUUGCAUCAUGGGAGAGCUGGUGAAAGGUUGUGUGAUAUUCCAAGGCACUGAUCAUAUUGAUCAGUGGAAUAAAGUUAUUGAGCAGCUAGGAACACCGUCUGCAGAUUUCAUGAAGAAACUUCAGCCAACUGUGAGGAAUUAUGUAGAAAACAGACCAAAGUAUCCUGGAAUCAAAUUUGAAGAACUCUUUCCAGAUUGGAUAUUCCCAUCAGAAUCUGAACGAGACAAAAUAAAAACAAGUCAAGCCAGAGAUCUGUUAUCAAAAAUGUUAGUGAUAGAUCCUGACAAGCGAAUCUCCGUAGAUGAAGCUUUGCGUCACCCCUAUAUUACUGUUUGGUAUGACCCUGCUGAAGCAGAAGCGCCACCACCUCAGAUUUAUGAUGCCCAGUUGGAAGAAAGAGAACAUGCAAUUGAAGAAUGGAAAGAGCUAAUUUACAAAGAAGUAAUGGAUUGGGAAGAAAGAAACAAGAAUGGUGUUGGAAAAGAUCAACCUUCAGAUGCAGCAGUAAGUAGCAACGCCACUCCUUCCCAGUCGUCAUCUAUCAAUGACAUUUCAUCCAUGUCCACUGAGCAGACACUGGCCUCAGACACAGACAGCAGUCUGGAUGCCUCAACAGGACCCCUUGAAGGUUGUCGAUGAUAAGUUAAAAAUAACAAGUUUGUCAUCAGUGAAGGAACUCUUGCUUCCAUGGGCCUGAAAUGCUUGGGAAUUUUGAAGGAACCAAAUAGAAAACUCCAUGUUCUGCAUGUAAGAAACACGAUGCCUUGCCCCCUACUCAGUUCUAAUAGGAUUGCCUGCUUAGAUUAUAAAAUGAAGCAAAUUAUGUCUGAUGAAAAAAAGUGCAAGCCACACUUUUAGAGAUUUUGUUCAAGAUCAUUUCAGGUGAGCAAUUAGGUAGAGGAAUUAUUAUUUUUAAGUAUUACAGUAAUAGUGUAACAAUUUCUCAUCCUAGGUAACUGUUGGAACUUAUAUGCAUGUAACCACAGUACUUGCUCAUGCCAUCUAGUACUUGGAAAUCAGUAUUUAAAUGCCAAAUAAUCUUCCAGCUACUGCUGCUUCUAGAAUUAUCUCUUAAUCCUCUUUAGUAAUUUGGUGUCUGUCCAGAAAAAUAGAUUCGUGUGUAUUAAUUGGCCAAUACCAUAUUAUCAUACCUUCUUUUAUGGAAUGAUUUAUUCUAUCUUUUGUAUUUCAGAAAGAAUAUAAUUAAAUCUAUUUAAUAAAUAAAUAAAUAACUUU